CAGAGAACAGAAAAGCCACAAUAUUAAACAUAGAGGUUAGGCAGUGGUAGCACACGCCUUUAAUCCUAGCAUUCCAGAGGCAGAAACCCAUGUGUUCAAGGAUACAGCCAAGCAUAGUGACUCACGCCUUUAAUCCCAGAAAGCCAGCCUUUAAUCCCAAGGAGUGGUGGUAGAAAGCAGAAAGAUAUAUAAGGCGUGAGGACCAGAAACUAGAGGCAUUUGGCUGGUUAGGCAUUUGGCCUAGUUAAGUGUUCAGGCUUUGAGCAGCACAGUUCAGCUGAGAGCCAUUCGGAUGAGGACUCAGAGGCCUCCAGUCUGAGGAGGCAAGACCAGCUAAGGAUCCGGCGACGUGAGGUAGCUGUGGUUUGUUCUGUCUCUCUGAUCUACCAGCAUUGACCCCAAUAACUGGCCUUGAGUUUGAUUUUAUUAAUAAGACUCUUUAACAUUCAUGCUACAAAAGGAAAUUAUAAGAAAAUGUCCUACUUGUUCCUUGUAUAACCAAACUCUACUACCUGUAGGAAGCAACCCAAAGGGUACUCAAAGAAAUGAAAAUUGGCAAAUGGAUGUGUUUCAUUUUGCAGAGUUUGGAAAAUUAAAAUAUAUAUACUAUAUCAUAGAUACAUAUUCAGGAUUUCAAUGGGCAACUGCUUUGAGUUCUGAAAAGACUGAUUCUGUAAUCACACAUUUGUUAGAAGUUAUGGACAUCAUGGGACUACCCAUACAAAUUAAGACUGACAAUGCUCCAGCAUGUCUCUAGUAAAAUGAAACAGUUUUUUGCUUAUUACAACAUAAAUCAUAUUACAGGUAUACCACACAAUCCUAUAGGGCAAGUAGUUAUAGAAAUAUCUAAUUGAACUCUAAAAGAUAUGUUUAGUAAACAGAAAAGGGUAAUAAAGACCCCUAUAGAUAGAUUACACAAUGCUUUAUUAACUUUAAAUUCUCUAAAUGCUAAUGAGAAAGGAAUGACAGCUGCAGAGAGACAUUGGACAGUAGAAAAAACUGCUGAAUCAAAUCAGCCUAUAUAUAUUAAAGAUGUGUUGACCUCAGAAUGGAAACCAGGAUAUGUGUUACAUUGGGGAAGAGGUUCUGCUUUUGUUUCCACAAGAGAAGAAAAUCUAUGGAUACCAUCAUAAUUGAUAAAGACUAGAUUUAAACAACAGGGACCUCUUCAUUAGAAGAGGCAAUAAUAGUUCAUCAAACAGCAUGACUAGUCAAUCUAAACUAACUUAUAAGACUAACAAAUGCUUUUCAUUUGAUCAGAUAUAACUUGCCAAAAGGGAAACUCCCCAAAGUUAGGGCUGGGGCAGGGUUUUGUUUUUGUCUUUCCAGGAGAAUGAAGGCAUCCUACUAAGGAAUCUGAAGACCACUGGCCAAAUGAGACAUCUGAAGAAAAAGGACAAAUCAUCCAGAGAAAAUGUCCCAAGAAACAGAGGUUCCCUAGAGAUGCUGUUGCCCCCUGGCAAAUGGGAGUAAUUUUAAGAGCAUGAUGCCCACAUUCCCAAGAGUGAGAUACAUCUGCUCCUGGCAGCACCAGUCUACUUCAGAGAAGAUGAUGGGCAUUGAAGAACCUUACAUGGAGUUUGCUUUUUUGUGGCAAAGUUAGCCACUGUGCAAGAUAUUGCCCUUCCCUUGACUGCUGACAAUAUGUUGUCUAUGUUGGACAAGUAGGACACAAAAGAAAGGACUGCUGAACUUUGCCAAGACAAGACCUGGGCCUGCACUGAGGCCCACUCAGCCUCAGAUCUCAGCUGGCAGCUGUGUGAGCCACACUAUGGAGAAGGUCAUCUCCUUUCUGCACAGCACGACGGAACCAUGCUUGGGCUUCAGCUCCGUGCUCUCGGACACUGACCCACUGCACCUUCCUGAGUGCAGGGGCUGCUGCUCCUGUGCCUGUUGUACCUGAUACUGACUUCAUUUUAUCACUGUGGAAACGUCAAGACCUCAGAAAGAUUCGAGAACUUUCCAGAGAGAAACAGAAGGGAAGAAGUUGUCUGUUCUAGAAGGAACUCGAAGAGACAAAUGAAAAAGACAUUGGCUUUCCAGACUCUGGAGGAGACUAAAAAGGAAGAUGACACAUUUUCAGAUCUCAAGAGGUCAGAAUAUCAUCUCCCAGCCCCAUGGAAGUUGCUGGGUUCUACUGUCAUUGAUCAGGACACCCCAGUCCCCAAAACUGGCUUAAAUCUCAAAGGGAAACCAGGGCAGUUUGGAAUUUCUGAACAGCUCCUGUGUGUGAAGGUUCUAGAGGGAGACCUGGGGCAAAAGCACAGCCAGCUCUUCUGGGGUCUCCCCUCUCUGCACAGCGAGUCCAUCGUGGCCACUCUCCUGGUGCCCCUGAACAGCUGCUACUCACUAGAGCCUGAACUUGUGCUAUUCAACGGAGUCUGUAAAGCUGCCACAGCCCCCAUAUUGGACCAUGGAUCUCCAGCCCUUCCACAGCCCCAUACCUUGCCCCUCACCUUUGUACAUCCUCAGCCUUUUCCUGACAUAGAGCCCCAGCCACCAACUCUCCCUUUCACUCAGGUCCACCCUCAGGCCCACAUGCAGUCUCCACUCCCCACAGUGCAAUUGUCACCUCUGCCCUGUGGAAGCACUCUCCAAAUACCACAGAACAGGACUGUCCCUGGGGUCUUCGGUGGACACGAACAGCUGCAAAGCCACUUGGUGCAGAAUCAUCAAGCUGGUCUGUGGGAUUUGGUCCCCAGAUAUCAGCAAUAUGGAACUGCCUUUGGUCUUCUAGUUCCCGGCUUUCCAUUGGUCGGCCAGCCUUCGCAGGACUAUGCCUCCAUCCCCAGCACCGGUCAUUUUCAUUUCAGCAGUGAACUUCAGGACAACCUGGGGCCCUAUAGACCAAACAACCCAACCCCACCCUGGCACUACCAGCCCUGCAGUAGGACAGGAGUACUGGGAGUGAUGGGCCCUCAGUACAAACCAACAGGAACAUCUCCCCACAGCUGCAAACGUGCUAAACCUCAGCACUCCGUACACUGGGACCAGAGCUCCAGCGACCUCAGGACUGAAGAACCGAGUCACUCAGAAAGUUUCUGUGAGAGCUUCUCAAUGAAGCCUCAGCUAAGAAAGGAUGUAGCCAAGAAUCUCGGCCAAAUCCUAGGGAAAUGCCCAUUAGACAACCCACAGAUGAUCUCCGGAUGUUAUGUACUGAACAGUCUGAGGGUUGUACCCGAGACAGAGGGGAAAUGGGUAUGUCACUCAAGAAUUGACUUGAAAAACGAGCGACUCAGCAUCUCAAGGAAGAGCUUGGACCAAAGACAAGCAAGAAGCGCCCUUCGGUUACAUGUGAGCAGCAAGCUCUGGCAGAUCACUAUGGGUCGGAUCCCAACCAAGGUGUGCUGUUCAUGGCUUGCUGAAGGUGCACCUCUCUGGAACUCACCACUGGGAAAUACUUACUGCAAUACUGCUAUUCCCGAAAUACCUUUCCUUGAUCACAAGACGCAAAAGAUGCUGGAAGCCCAUCUUAUAAGGUUCCGAGUGAGUCAGAAGUGGGGCCUCCCCCUCAAAGUUAUCGAAUCCAUAAAAUUCUAUAUGUUAAGAGAAGCUAAAACAUGGCCCUUCCCUCAGUCUGAUGUCCCCUCAUCUUCAAACAGUAUUUCUGGGAUGGAUUUGAAAAGUAACUUCUCCCAUCCCCUCAGAGGAAGCUCUAGCCUUUUUCAUAGAGACAAGAUAGAAGCGGCAAACUCAGCCUCCAUCACGGUUCAUCGCCUUCCCCUCACCGUCUCACAUGCAGACGGGGGAGGAGAGGCGUCCCCGAGACAGUCACUGUCUAGCACUGGUUAUGAGGUUACAGAGACGGUCCAGACAACUGAGAGUGACAGAUACAGCGGUGUGGACAGCAUGAGUCUGAAUGGUGCUGAACGACAGAGCAGACCUAGUCAGGAGCAGCCCAGCCAGGAACAAGUGGCUGCGUCUGAGCCAGAGAAUGAGGUGACAAGUUCUUCUUCUCAUCUAGAAACCACUGGAGGCAAACAGAGGUCGGAAAAGAACUUAAAGCACGUGCUGACACCCAGCAUGCUCAGGGAGAUAUUCAAGGCCCCGGAGGUGAGGGUUCUUCUGUCAGGAUCUGAUGCUGGCGGCACGUUGGCAAGCUCCACAGAGAAAAAUAAAGACAGCAAUAAAACAGCAUCUGUUCUGACUGCAGACCACAGCCCAUCAAGGAUAUCGGUUCCUGAAGACCUGACAGUGUGGGACUUUAAGAAGCAGCUGUUCACAGAGCUGAAGUUUAAGUUGGAGAAUCAGGCACAGAGCCAGACUGAAGGCUAUGAAAGUGAUGUGUCCUUUACCUCAGACAGUCUGACUGGCUACUUGCCAUCUUCAUCCAACAGUGUGUCCAGUGGGGAUGCCUCCGUUUUCAAGGACUUCCAUACCCACUUACGUAAUGCAGGCGUCAGUUUGGAUCCACGGCAGGAGCCCGGGUUCUUCAAACGUAUCUUAAGGAAUUUAACACCAGCUGAGAAAAUACUGGCCUUAUCAGUACCCAGAAAAGAAAGUGGUAGAAGUGAGACCCCAGGGUUAGGGACAUCCAAAACAGGAAAGAGCCAGCCUAUUAAAGGAAAAUCAGACAAGAAGCCACAUCCUCCUGAAAGUUACUUCAGGAAAAAGAUAGGACAAUUUUUUCAGUUGCUUUAUUCCAGCAAAGACAGCACAAGACAUAGGUCUGAGAAAGACAGGGCUCUCUUUAUGAGCUGUGGGCCUCCCGAAGCCCAUGAGCUCAUGGCGUCCCUUGGGAAACUCCUGGAGGAUAAGCUGUUGUGUGGGCAGAAAUCUGAGUUCUUGGAGUGGAGCCGUAGGAAGAGCCUACAGGCUCAGCCCAAGCCCACCAAGGGGCAAUCUUCCAACCGUGGGGCUACCUGUGCCCAACAUGGAGAAGCAAAGAGUAAUUGCUGCUGUCACCAGACAGCCAUCUCUCCUGGUUUCAGUCGUGUGCUAAGUCCUGGACAGAGACAUCCUCAUGUAUCUUUUGAGCAGCGGCCACAAUUCUGGGAUUACUCGCCUACCCCUGAGUCCAGGGAUCCCUAGUCCCAUUCAAGCCUGAAGGUGUGUCCUAUGCCUUCCCAGCCCUCACAUCUGCUAAAGGGAGUGUUCUGAGACCCGACUCUUCUACAGAAACAGAACAUGUUUCUGUUUAUGUGAAGGAAAUGUUUCUGCAAUGGAAUCGUCUUUGUUUAAAA